GAGAGCCGGGCUGGUUGCUCCGGGACAGGAGGCAGCGUUGCGCCGCGCCGGCCCCGCCCACUGCAGGCGGGUUCCAUUGGCCCAAGGCGAGGCGCGUCAUACCAGACGCACCGCGCUGAUUGGCUCUUCCGGGGAGCCCCGCCCCCUCAGCUGUAUCCGAGCCGGUUCCAGCAUCGCCGCCAUCUUUGUUGAUGUGUCAGCUCCGCGGGGGUCUGGGGAAAAAAGCCGCGGCCGGGAGAGCGCGGUGUCGGCCCCGUCUUCCACCGCCGCCCCCCGCUAUGGAGAAGUGGGGCCCCAGGGCGGGGCUCCCGCGGCCUCGCUAGGGGUGCAGACGGAGGCUCGGAGAAGUGGGAUUAUUGAGGUACUCAUUUUCCUCUUGUGGAGCUGAAGGAAUUUUAAACCAUCUUUGGCAUUAAUCUCCCAGUUACUAGUCUUAGUCCAUAUCCAGCAUCUUAUGGGGGUAACUGAAGAGUGCCAAACUGCAUCUGAAGUGGAGUUGUAUGACUGAAUAAAGAAUGUAAAAAGAAGAUCAGGAACAGAUUUGAAGAAAUGCAGAGUGAGUUGGUGCCAGUCAGCAUGUCAGAGACAGAGCACACAGCCUCCAUUUCCUCUGAUAAAAAUAUUGGGAAAACAUCUGAACUAAAGGAAGACUCAAGCAACUCAUUCUCUGGUGAUGAAAGCAGCAGCAUAGAAAAUGAGUCCCAACUAUUGUCAUUAAACUUUGAUAAAACUUCAUGUCAGCCUAAUGAAAGCAGUAAUCAAAUUGAAGCACAGGAGAACUGUAUGCCAGAUCAUGGUGGAGGUGAAGAUUCUAAAACAGACUUAUGCUCAGAAAAUUCUGAACAAGUAGCUAAUUUUCCUGGUGGAGAUUUUACAAAGCAAGUUUCGAAAACAAAUGAAACCGAACAGACAGUAAGUCAAAUAUUGGCAGAAUUAAGGUCCUCCACCUUUACAGAAGCAGCUAGUCAAAAGACGUACUCAGAAAGUCCCUAUGAUACAGACUGCACCAAGAAACUUAUUUCAAAGAUAAAGAAUGUUUCAACAUCAGAGGAUUUGUUAGAAGAAAUAGAAUCUGAGCUCUUAUCUACGGAUUUUGCAGAACACCGAGUACCAAAUGGAAUGAAUAAGGGAGAACAUGCAUUAAUUAUGUCUGAAAAGUGUGUGCAAGAUAAGUAUUUGCAGCAGGAACACACCAUAAAGAAUCUCUCCUGUCUGGAUAGUGGCAGCAUGGUAGACGGGUUAAUUAAAGAAAAUAAGAAGCAUCAGGAGCUCAUUUUAGAUAUAUGUUCAGAAAAAGACAAUUUAAGAGAAGAACUAAAAAAAAGAACAGAAACAGAGAAGCAGCAUAUGAACACAAUUAAACAGUUAGAAUCAAAAAUAGAGGAACUUAAUAAAGAAGUUAAAGCUUCCAAAGAUAAACUAAUAGCUCAAGAUACUGCAACUAAAAAUGCAGUUCAGCAGUUACACAAAGAGAUGGCCCAUCGGAUGGAACAGGCCAAUAAGAAAUGUGAAGAGGCUCGCCAGGAAAAAGAAGCAAUGAUAAUGAAGUAUGUAAGAGGUGAGAAAGAAGCUUUAGACCUCCGAAAGGAAAAAGAGAUACUUGAGAGGAAACUUAGAGAUGCAAAUAAAGAAACUGAGAAAAACACUAACAAAAUUAAGUUGCUUUCUCAAGAGAAAGGACGUUUGCACCAACUGUAUGAAACAAAGGAAGGUGAAACUACUAGACUCAUCAGAGAAAUAGACAAACUAAAGGAAGAGAUCAACUCUCACAUCAUUAAAGUAAAAUGGGCACAAAACAAAUUAAAAGUGGAAAUGGAUUUGCACAAGGAAACCAAAGAUAAACUCAAAGAGACAACAACAAAGUUAACCCAAGCAAAGGAAGAAGCAGAUCAGAUACGAAAAAAUUGUCAGGAUAUGAUAAAAACAUACCAGGAGUCAGAAGAAAUUAAAUCAAAUGAGCUUGAUGCCAAGCUCAGAGUCACAAAAGGAGAGCUUGAAAAACAAAUGCAGGAAAAAUCUGACCAGCUAGAGAUGCAUCAUGCCAAAAUCAAGGAACUGGAGGAUCUGAAGAGGACAUUUAAGGAAGGCAUGGAUGAGCUACGGACACUGAGAACAAAGGUGAAAUGUCUAGAAGAUGAACGAUUAAGAACAGAAGAUGAAUUAUCGAAAUAUAAGGAAAUUAUUAAUCGCCAGAAAGCUGAAAUUCAGAACUUCUUGGACAAAAUGAAAAUUGCAGAUCAGAUACAGGAGCAAUAUCAAAGAGGUAAACAAGAAAUUGAGAAUUUGAAGGAAGAAGUGGAAAGUCUUAAUUCUUUGAUUAAUGACCUACAAAAAGACAUCGAAGGCAGUAGGAAAAGAGAAUCUGAGCUACUGCUGUUUACAGAAAAGCUUACUAGUAAGAACGCACAGCUUCAGUCUGAAUGCAAUUCUUUACAGUCCCAGUGUGACAAGCUUUCCUGUAGUGAAAGUCAGUUACAAAGCCAGUGUGAGCAAAUGAAACAGACAAAUACCAACUUGGAAAGUAGAUUGUUGAAAGAGGAAGAACUGCGAAAAGAGGAAGUCCAGGCUCUGCAAGCUGAACUCACUUGUAAACAAACAGAAGUUAAAGCACUGAGUACCCAAGUUGAAGAAUUAAAAGAUGAUUUAGUAACUCAGAGACGUAAGCAUGCCUCUAGUGUCAAGGACCUUACCAAACAACUUCAGCAAGCACGAAGAAAAUUAGAUCAGGUCGAGAAUGGAGGCUAUGAUAAAGAAGUCAGCAGCAUGGGAAGUCGUUCUAGUUCAUCAGGGUCCAUUAAUGCUCGAAGCAGUGCAGAAGAUCGAUCUCCGGAAAAUACCGGGUCGUCGGUGGCUGUGGAUAACUUCCCAGAAGUAGACAAGGCCAUGUUGAUUGAGAGGAUAGUAAGGCUGCAGAAAGCACAUGCCCGAAAGCAUGAAAAGAUAGAAUUUAUGGAGGAUCACAUCAAACAAUUGGUGGAAGAAAUUAGGAAAAAAACAAAAAUCAUUCAGAGUUACAUUUUACGGGAAGAGGCAGGCACCCUUUCUUCAGAGGCAUCUGAUUUUAACAAAGUCCACUUAAGUAGACGGGGUGGCAUCAUGGCGUCUCUGUACACAUCCCAUCCAGCUGAUAGUGGACUGACAUUGGAACUCUCGCUGGAGAUCAACCGAAAAUUACAGGCUGUUUUGGAAGAUACGUUACUAAAAAAUAUUACUUUGAAGGAAAAUCUACAAACACUUGGAACAGAAAUAGAACGUCUUAUUAAACACCAGCACGAACUAGAACAGAGGACGAAGAAAACCUAACACGAAACUGCUGCUCAGGGAAGAGAGAACCACCACACGAGGAGCAGGGUCACUGCCCGUAUUGUCGGAGCCUCCCCAGCUGUGUCAGCCAGUAAAGAAUGAUUGUUUGACCUACAGAAAAGUACCUUUACCUUAGGAAUGCAUUGCAGUGUGUCCUGUAAGAGUGUAGACUUGAUGGAAUCUGUUUUCGUAUGGUGACAGCCACCAUAGAACCAAAACAACAUAGUUUAAUUUGCUAAGAAUCAUUGAAAUGCUCAACAUACAAGGGCUUUUGGAAAACCCUUCUCCAUUUUUUUCCCCUUUAAAACACAUCAUGUCAAAAAUGAUCCAGCUUUUUAAAAUUAUGCAUGAAAGGACCAGUAAUAUGCUAUUUUCCUAACUUAAAAGAAAAAUAAAAAAUAAAAAAUUUUGUCUUGACAUCCCAAUAUUUCAUUUGGUUGUGUUUUAGGGAGGGUACCAGUGAUCCUUAAAUCCUUUCAUUUUAAUGGAAGCUAAUAGGAAAGCUAGCUUGUGGUAAUUGGCCCAUGAUCAGGUAUGUACCUUAUCUGGGCUAGGUACAUUUUUUUCAGAUUCAAAUUGUUUGAGUUCAUAGUUGAGUUUUUUAAAUCUUCAGUUACAUAAAAUAUGAUUUAAAAUAACGUGCUCAUUUAGAAAAUUCCUGUGGACUUUGUUUAUAUUUUAAAAUGUGAAAUUGACUAGUUAUUAAAACGAGAUGAAUAGUGAAUUCUUUGAAACUGAAAUACUUGCGUUUUACUAAUAUCAAAUGCAAAGAUAAAUGUUUAAAAUUUUUAUGAAGAUUCUGUUCCCAAGAGAAUGCACUCAUUCUGUACUGUUUGAGCUCCCAUUCUUCACUAUUGAUAUACUUACUUGUUAUAGUGGAGUGAUCCAACAAUCCCCACAUAUAAGGCGUUUCAGUGUAUUUAUUUAAAACAGAAAAUAAUUACUUCUCUGUAACCAAAGGAAUUUUAGAGCCAAAUUUAUGUAUCCUAUUGGAUUUUUACAAUAUUUAUUUGCAAUGUGGCAACUUGAAUAUUGCCAGUUGUGGUGUCAGUAUUUCUAUGUCAUUGAAUUUUUCUUGCUUCUUAUAAUUUUUCAUCUAAUUUCUGUGUGCGGUUUAUAUUUUUGUCUUGCAGAAAGUCUCAUUUUUGUUUUGGAUUUUUGCAUUCUUUUUUCUCCCCUUAAGUAAGCUUUGGGAUAAUAGAUUAAAAGCCUUUCAAGAAUUGUAUGGUUCUCAAAGUUGGGCUCGUGGUGGCAAUAUCCCUUUCAUGGGUUUUAACAUUUUUUUUAGUCAUCAUUGUUUAAAAAGAUAAUUUACUAAGGGUUAGAUGAUUCAUUAUAUUGUUUUUUCUGUAUAUUAAGUUAUGUAUUGUCAUCCCAAAACAAAAUCUUUUUACUUCAAAAUGGAAAUACAAGUUUUAAAACAUUUUAUUUUUUAAAUAGCUGUUAAAAAGUAUUAGUCUUACAAUAAUGUGUCUUGUUCUUUUUACCAAUAGUAAUUUAUCAGAAUAAGAGGGUAAGUGCAAUCAAAUCGGAAUUAUUUUCCCAUUUGCUUCUAGACAUAUAGUUGAUACUCCCAAAGACUACUUAGAGUAGCCAAGGCAACUAAAUUUUUACGGCUUCUUAUGUGAUAUAGAUUCAAACAUUACAAUAUUUAUUUUCUUCUGAGACACAAAAUGUAUUAAUGGAGACCAAAUAGUGAUCCUGUGUCUAUACACUCUUAAAAACAUAAAAAUUAAAAAUAUAUAUACAGUUAUUACAUACAAAAUUGAAACAUUCCAAUAUUGACAUUUGUGCCACCAUUCAUUUGGAGAAGUUUAAAUUGGAAACAAUAAUAGAAGAAAGCUAUUGUAAACCAUAUUUUGACUUAUUAUUACUUUUCCCCCUAAAAUAUAAGAAACUAUGGAAAACUUUUGAAGAAAAUAUUUUCCUUUUGUUCUUUAGUUUUUACUGCAUCCUUUUUAUAUGGGUCAGGACUGAGCAAAAUGUACAAAAAUGUGCACAUGUCAGAUCUCUAUCUCUACACUGACUCACACGUAGCUCCUGACUUAGAGGGCUUCUUCCCUUACUGUGUUAAUAUAUGGAGAGAAGAAUGGGGUACCCAGACAAGGAAAAUGGUCUCCAUAAACCUCAGAUCUGGGGGGGAGUUUUUUUGUAUGUGCAUUAUGAAUUGUACACAUCAAAGACUGUUUUGGUUAGUGCAGUUUUGGUUUCUUUAAGCAGGAAAUGAUUUUGUGUGUGUGUGUGUGUGUGUGUAUGUAUACACUUCACCAGGUUUCAAUUUUAAAGUGAAUAUUUACUGUGACUCCCUUUUUCCCCCAUACCCCUCCAAACUUCAGUCUGUUAAGUUUCAAGGAUUGCAAAUAGUGUGUUUGAGCAGAAUAACAAGUUUGAACUUUGAUGGUUUCUUUUUAACUUUCUUCAUCACCAUUUAAAUAGACAUCUUGAAAUUAAGUUUUAUCAGGCUACCAUGUUAUUUAUUCAUUUAAUAAACAUGGUUAUUGAAAAUCUGUUGCCUGGCGCCAUACUAGGUACCGUGAUGAUACUGGUGAACAGGCCAGAGAAAGCAGUUCCCCUCCUCCCAGAGCUGUGGUCCUAGAACGCACCCAGCAGGAAACGGGCAGCUCUGAGCCUCUGCCACUCCUGCCAGCCGCGUGGGAAGAGGGUCAGUCCUCCUGUGCAAGUAGGUGGCCCAGAAACCUCACUCUGGCACGCAUCUUUGGGAAAUGAAUCCUUACUGAGGUACGCGGCAGCUGAUGGCUGUUCCCUUGGUAGUUACAUACAUUUCCACACUUUUGUCAGUUUGAUGUUUAAUUAUUCCGUAAGAAGGAAAAAAAAUCCAAAGACCAUAAAGUGGCAUUCGAUUUUUGCCAUUUUAGUAAAUUAUUAAUGCCUACUUGAUGCUUAUAAAGAUUAUCUAAUCCUGCAGUCAUGUGUGUUUCCAAACUUUGUUUUGCACUGUAUUAUUUUCUAAAGAUUUUUACAUGUAAAUUUAGACUAAUAUUUACCAGUAGGGGAAAAUAAAAUUAGAAACCAUUAGUAUUGUGAAUGUUAUAUGUACUACCAUGGUGAAAAUAUUUUUAUCAAUCAUGUUGUUGUUCGGUAUUGUUAAUUUGCCUUAUGAAUGUUGACGCCAGUAGCUUAUUUUUCAAUAACUUUUUUAUUUUAAAACAAAACAAUUCUUUUUUGACACUAAGAUUAUUAAUUUUUAACACCAGUUGGUGGCACUAAAAACCUAAAAGCUUUUCAAGGCUGAAGAAGAGAAAAUAAUUGAAAAAUGUGUCCAAACAUCAAGAAUUUUCAGGACAAUUAAUGAAAAGUAUAAUUGUAUAUUAAAGUAUUUUUCUUCUGGAAUGGAAUCCUUUUUUAAAAUGCAAUAUGGCUGUCCAUUUAGAUUAUGAUGAUGAAACUUGCUUAUCUUCCAAAGUUCAUAUAAAUGUAUAUAUAGAUAGGUAGAUAUAGCUAUAUAUAUAUGUGUGUAUUGUACAGAUAAUCUCUAAUUUGAUUACAUUGUUCAUUUUGUAAAUAUGUCUCUGUAUAAAAUUAAGCUUUUCAAGAGAAUUCUAUGUAUAUAUUGUACUUAUUAAAUAGGUAAUGCCUGUUUACCCA